AUGUCAGUUUUCAUCUCUGGUGCUACAGGUUUCAUUGCUCAGCAUAUUGUUGGUCAAUUGUUAGAACAAGAUUAUAAAGUUAUUGCCUCUGCAAGAAAUGAAACUAAAGCCAAUGAAUUAUCAAAAAAUUUUAACAAUUCAAAUUUAACUGUGGUUGUAACAGGUGAUAUAUCUAAAUUAGAUGCAUUUGAUUCUGCUUUUAAACAAUAUGGAUCUGAAAUUAAAUAUGUAAUUCAUGCUGCUUCUCCUGUGUUAUUUGAAGUUGAAAGUACUGAAAAGGAUAUCUUAAUUCCUGCUGUUAAUGGUACAAAGGGUAUCCUUGAAUCUAUUAAGAAAUAUGCUGCUAAUACUGUGGAACGUAUUGUAAUGACUUCAAGUGUUGCAGCCUUAUCAACAUAUCCUGAAUCACUUGAUCCAAAGGCUGUCGCUAAUGAGGAUUCGUGGAACACUUAUACUUGGGAAUCAGCUCAAAUUAGUGGAGGUAACGCAUAUUUUGGUUCCAAGAAAUUCGCUGAAAGAUAUUUAUGGGAUUUCUUGGAAGAAAAUAAAGAUAACUUAAAAAUUAAGGCAACAACUGUUAUGCCUGUAUUUGUCUUUGGACCACAAAUGUUUGAUUCUUCAGUGAAGCCAAAAUUAAAUUUAUCAUGUGAAGUAAUCAAUUCUUUAAUUCAUACUCCAAUUGAUGGAGAAAUUUCUCCUAUGUUGGGUAAAUUCAUUCACGUUAAAGAUGUUGCAAAAGCUCAUGUUUUAGCCAUGCAAAGAGAUGAUUUAAUUGGUAAAAGAUUAAUUGUCUCCGAAGAUAAUUUCAAUUCUCAAGAUAUUUUAAAUUAUUUGAACGAAGAUUUCCCUGUUUUAAAGGGUAAGAUACCUGUUGGUAACCCUGACCAAAGUGCUGAAGGUAAACCAUCAAAGGAUAUUACUUACGAUAAUUCAAGAUCAAGAGAAUUAUUAGGUUUCAAGUUUAGAAGUUUGAAAGAAGCCAUCGAUGAUACUGCUGCUCAAGUUCUGAAGCAUGAAGGUCGUAUAUAG